CCUCGCCGUGCACGCGCGUGGUCCCCCGGUCGCGAAGAGGAGGAGGAUGUGGCGCGCGGAGGGGAAAUGGCUGCCGAAAACAAGCCGGAAGGACUGAAGAAAAUACGUAAUCCGGAUCGAAUGUACAGAUCUGCUGUCUGUUAUGCCGGCCAUGUCCCCCCUAAGGGUGUCGGUGAUGACAAAGAGAUGAACAAUGAACACGGACAUUUGAAAAUAUACCUGCCCAAGAAGCUGCUGGAAUGUCUGCCGAAAUGUUCCUCGCUGCCAAAGGAGCGCCACCGGUGGAACACCAAUGAGGAAAUCGCAGCUUACUUAAUAACAUUCGAAAAGCAUGAGGAGUGGUUAACAACUUCCCCUAAAACAAGGCCACAGAAUGGGUCGAUGAUACUGUACAACAGAAAGAAGGUGAAGUACAGGAAAGACGGGUACUGCUGGAAGAAGAGGAAGGAUGGGAAGACCACGCGGGAGGAUCACAUGAAGCUGAAAGUGCAGGGUGUGGAGUGUCUCUAUGGCUGCUACGUCCACUCCUCCAUCAUCCCCACUUUCCACCGCAGGUGCUACUGGCUGCUUCAGAACCCUGACAUUGUGCUGGUCCACUACCUGAACGUGCCGGCCAUAGAGGACUGCGGGAAGCCCUGUGGCCCCAUACUAUGCUCAAUCAACACAGACAAGAAGGAAUGGGCUAAGUGGACCAAGGAGGAGCUGAUUGGCCAGCUCAAGCCCAUGUUUCAUGGCAUCAAGUGGACUUGCAGCAACGGGAACAGCAGCUCCGGCUUCUCUGUGGAGCAGCUGGUGCAGCAGAUACUGGACAGCCACCAGACCAAGCCGCCCCCUCGGACACACAACUGUCUCUGCACGGGCACUCUGGGCGCAGGCAGCAGCGUGCAUCACAAGUGCAACAGCGCCAAGCACCGCAUCAUCUCACCCAAGGUGGACCCGCGCUCAGGUGGCUAUGGUGGGGCCCAUUCCGAGGUGCAGAACAAUGACGUCUCUGAGGGCAAGACGGAGCACAGCCACGGCAGCAGCAAGGGGGCAGGGGGCGGAGCCAGCGGCGGGGGCGGAGCCCGUGAGAAACGCAAUGGCAAGGUGCCCAAACCAGCACUGCUGCACCAGAGCAGCACGGAGGUCUCCUCUACCAACCAGGUGGAGGUUCCCGACACCACGCAGAACUCACCCGUUUCCAUCAGCAGCGGCCUCAACAGCGACCCCGACAUGGCCGACAGCCCCGUGGUGGCGGGCAUCGGCCAUGUGGCCUCCGUGAUGGGCGGCCUCUCGCAGGGUGCUGCCGUCUUCAUGUCCGAGGUGACCGGCGACCCCGUCUACAGCAUGUCCCCCACCGGCGGGCCCAGCUCCCACCUCAUGGGCCCUGAUGCCACCUCCCAAGGCCUGGUGUUAGCCGUCGCCUCAGAUGGGCACAAGUUUGCGUUCUCUGGCGGGGCUGGCGGGGACGCGGGUGCAGGCGGUGCCACGGACGGGCUGGCCAUGCUGUCCGCUGCCGGUGUGUCCGAGGAGCUGGUCCUCUCCAGCAGCCUGGACUCUGGGGCCAUCAAACUGCCGGAGACCGCCAUGAAUUUCGACCCCGACUGCUUCCUCAACAAUCCCAAGCAGGGCCAGACCUAUGGUGGCAGUGGCCUGAAGGCAGACCCCAGCUCCUCCGGCGCCUCAUCCUCCUCGGGCAGUGGCAGUAGCAGCAAUGGCGGCCUGCAGCGCUCUCCCCCGCUGUCCGAUAACAGCUACGGCUUCAGCUCCUCACUGGUGAAGAACAUCAAGACAGAGGACACCUCCUUCGAACAGCAGUUGGCCAAGGAAAGUGGCUACCAAGUCUGCCCGGCCGUGACCGGCGGAAGUGGUGUGCCGGGCUCUGCGGGCACCUGCUCGGCCCAGGGCUCCCUCACCCUGACUCCUGCGGGCUCUCUGCUGCCCUCUGGUGGUGGGCUAAGUCCCAGCACCACGCUGGAGCAGAUGGACUUCAGUGCCAUUGAUGCAAAGCAGGAGUACCCAUCUGGCCCUGCUUCAGGGGGCUAUGGCCAAUCUAUUUCCAGCCCACAUCUUGCCCACCAGACCCGUUCGCCCAGCUUCUUCCUCCAGGAGGCGCCCAAGACCAGCCCAUCCCAACAGGGCCGACAGGGCUCUGGACAGAAGUCACACCUAAUGGAGCACAACUCCCACGACUCAGGUGCUUAUCUGGGCCUGCAGGUGGUCCGGACCGACUCCCCCAGCAGUAACGGGCACCUCCACCAUCACCACACCCACCAGAGCCAGCACAGGGCCCCCAGCUGCAAUGGUGGGUCCCCAGCCGAAGGAGCUGGCCAGACGAGCUCUCUCCAGCUCCUGCAGUACCAGGGGGCUUUCCCCGGCCUAGGCCCGGAGCAUGAGGAGGUAGUGGGCUUGGAUCAGGGAGGCAGUGCUGGAGCCGUGGGCCAGACAGGGGCCACAGAGAAUGGAGCAGAGGGCCUAAUGAAAUCCGGGAAUCACCUUCAGGCUUGCAGGGGCAGCGGCGGAGAAGAAGGGGGCGCCGAUCACUACUUACAGCAGGGAGCGGACGGGGCUGGAGGAGGAGGCGGGGAUGGAGGGGGACUGAGCAACGGGACCUCUGGCGGCUCCGGGGCUUCCCAGCAACAGCUGCAGCCCCUCAUGCAGGGUGCAGGACUGGUACAGGGGCUCUACAGUGCCCACCAGGCCCUGGGUGGAGCAGGGGCUGGAGCAGGCAGCGGCGGGGGCCUGGAGAUCAGCCUGGACCACUUUGACAUCUCCUUCGGCAAUCAGUUUUCUGACCUCAUUAGCGAUUUCAUCGCCGUGGAUGGAGCAGGGACGGCAGUGGGACCUGGAGGGGCCCUGUACGCCCACCAGCUGGUAGCCCCACCCAGCGGUGCUGACGGCCAGGCCAGCUCCACCGGGGCGCCACCCCAAGGUCAGGAGGACACGGGGGCGAGAGGGACUGGCUACAGCCCCGCCGAGCUCUGCCUGCAGACCUGCUGCAGUCCCCAAGCCGGCGGAGUGUCUGGGGAGGCCGGCUCCCUGGCCUUCAUGCACGUGGCCGAGGUCGUGUCUGCCGCUGUGGCCCAGGGGGCGCUGGGGAUGCUGCAGGCCACCGGAAGGCUCUUCAUGGUCACUGACUACUCCCCCGAGUGGUCCUACCCAGAGGGUGGCGUGAAGGUGCUGAUCACAGGCCCUUGGCAGGAGGCUAACAGCAGCUACAGCUGUCUGUUCGAUCAGAUCUCCGUCCCCGCCUCCCUGAUCCAGCCCGGCGUGCUGCGCUGUUACUGCCCGGCUCAUGACACAGGGCUGGUGACGCUGCAGGUGGCUGUCAGUAACCAGAUCAUCUCCAAUUCCGUAGUGUUCGAGUACAAGGCCCGCGCCCUGCCCUCGCUGCCCUCCUCCCAGCAUGACUGGCUCUCCCUGGAUGACAACCAAUUCAGGAUGUCCAUUCUGGAGCGGCUGGAGCAGAUGGAGCGGAGGAUGGCUGAGAUGGCCGGCCACCACCAGCAGGGCGGCGGCGGAGCCUCCGGGCCUGGUGGAGGGGCAGGUGACGGCGGAGGCGGUAACGGAAGCAGCGGAGGCGGCAGCAGCAGCCAGUCGCAGGCUCAGGGCCCCGCCGGCAGCUCCUUUGAGAGCCGGGUGGUAGUGGUGUGCGAGAAGAUGAUGAACCGGACCUGCUGGGCGAAGUCCAAGCACCUGAUCCACUCCAAGACGUUCCGCGGCAUGACGCUGCUGCACCUGGCAGCCGGGCAGGGCUACGCCACCCUCAUUCAGACUCUUAUCAAGUGGAGGACCAAGCAUGCAGACAGCAUUGAUCUGGAGCUGGAGGUGGACCCUCUCAAUGUGGAUCACUUCUCCUGCACCCCCCUGAUGUGGGCCUGUGCUCUGGGCCACCUGGAAGCAGCAGUGGUGCUGUACAAGUGGGACCGACGGGCACUUGCCAUCCCGGACUCGCUGGGCCGCCUGCCCCUGGCUAUCGCUCGAUCCCGCGGCCACACCAAGCUGGCUGACCGGCUGGAGCAGCUGCAGAGGGAAGAGCAGCCUCCACCCACGUCCCCACCCUCCACCCCUCGCGUCUCCUUCUCUCCCACCCCGGACCCUUCUGCCCAUGAUGGGUGGAUGGUUGCCUGGAACAGUGAACCAGGGGUGGCGCCGACGGGGCAUAAAGGCGGAGUCUCCACAGCUCAGGCCACGCCCCUCAACCCAGACUUGAGAAGACCCAGGUCAGAGUCAUCCAGCUACCACGGCGGCGAGUGUCCGCGAGACGUUCCCCUCGCCAAGAAACACAAGCCCAACCCCGAGCCCUCCCAGGCACGCUCCGACAAGGGCCAGCCCACGGCUCUGGGCCUGGAGCAGCAGCGGCUCCAUAAGCUGCCCAGCAGCUUGAAGAGCGCGAUCCCUCAGAGCCUGGGCCCAGAUGGCGGUCUGGAGGGCAGCGGAGGGGCAUCCCAGGCCAAGCAAGGGGUCUUCCAGGGCCUGGGCAACAGGUGGAGCUCCAGGGAGGUGUACCUUGGUGUGGCACCGGGGAGGAAGGGUGGAGGAGGUGGAGGAGGUCCGGGAAAGGACAAGCUGGCCAGCAGGCUGCGUCAGCGGGAGGCCGCCAGCGCCCUGGUGAUGUCAGAGCGGGAGAUGGCUGAACCAGAACUGCUCUCCUACCGAGAUGACUUGGAGAACCAGAGCUGCAUGACGCACAUGGAUGACCUACAGGUGAACAUGAUGACCCUGGCGGAACACAUCAUCGAGGCCACACCUGAACGCAUCAAGCGGGAGAAUUUUGUCGCCAUGGAGACUGUGCCCAUGGAUAGUACGGGCAUCAGCACCACCAUGAGCUGGCUGGCCAGUUACCUGGGCGACAUGGAACACCUGUCCAGCAUCAUACACCUGCGGUCCUUGUACAGUGAGCCCCUGACUCCCUCUUCCAACCCCAGCCUCAGCCCAGGCAGCUCCCCCCUCGGGGAGGGGCCCUUCGACAGCCCCAGUCUGCUCUCCCCGGCUGACUGGGGUGACUUCUUGGGCGCCUCCAAUAGCAAGGCAGAACGGGACCUGGCGCAGCUGACCCUGUCCGACCCCGAGCAGCGGGAGCUGUACGAAGCCGCCCGUCUGGUGCAGACCGCCUUCCGCAAGUACAAGGGACGCCCACUACGGGAACAGCAGGAAGUAGCCGCUGCAGUGAUUCAGCGCUGCUACAAGAAGUACAAGCAGCUAACAUGGAUAGCCUUGAAGUAUGCACUUUAUAAGAAGAUGACGCAGGCCGCCAUCCUUAUCCAGAGUAAGUUCCGCAGCUACCACGAGCAGAAGAAGUUCCAGCAGAGUCGGCGAGCUGCCCUGCUGAUCCAGCAGUGUUACCGCAGCUACAGGGAGUUUGGUCGGCUGAAGCCUCGUCGCCAUGGCACCACCACCAUGGUGCAGCACAAGCUCAGAAGCAGUCUGUUAACCAAGAAGCAGGACCAGGCUGCCCGCAAGAUCAUGAGGUUCCUUCGCCGUUGCCGCCACAGGUGAGCUCACUGGAGCUCCACCCCUCGGUCCCACAGUCCGGUUCUGUCCCCAUGGAUGGUUCCCGGAUGAUGUCACAUGACGGGAGAGUAUUUGAUGUCACUGGCUCCCCGUAGGAGAGUGACCUGUGGCACUAAUUCAGUCACAUAACUAAUU